GUCCAAACAAUUUCGUAUUUAACGGUAAAUCCGUAUAACCAAUCUUUCAGUUCGUGUUUUUGUGGAUUAUUUCUUGAAAUUAGACUUUCCAGUUGGAUAAAUUGUUGGAAGAACGUGCUAUCUAGUUGAUUUUUAUUGGUUUUUCCUGAGGUUAUGUUUAUUCUAUUUUGCAGUACCUUUUUGUUUGUUUUGUUUUCAGAUCCUUUUGUUUUUAAGAGAAUAAUGGCUUUUAAACACGUUCUGAAACUUUCAAGCAUCAAUGCUUUUAUAGAUGAUAACAAAAUUAUAAAAAGGGGUGAAAAUGCCUUGGAAUCCAGCCAUGUGAAAAAAAUGGAAUUUGACUCUGAUUUGCAGAUUAUUAGAGGGGAAGUAUUUGCUAGUAUGAAAGACAAAAGCUACAAGGUAUCUAUAGUAUUGGAACAGAAUGGUGAUAUUAGAGAAGCCACUUGCAUUUGUCCUAGAGGCAUAAAAUGCCAUCACAUCGCAGCGUUGGCUCUUUUUGGGCAUUAUCGUAUAUCGGUAACAGAUAAAGCAUGUGCAUGGAAUGCACCACCCAAACCAAAGGAUGGGCCAGUGAAAUGUGCAGAAGAGCUUUAUCCACCAAAGCCCUAUACAGCUCUCGAAGGUGGGGUACCAGAGGCAUCAAUCAACAGAUUGAAGGAAAGGCUACGCAGCUUCGGAAAUACUGUUGGUUUUACUUGGCUAUUGAAUGAGGAGUCAAUAAAUCCGCUGGAAAAUAGAUUUGCGAUAAUCGAAGAGAUAAUUUCUUCCAAGGAUUUUUUGGAGGCCACAGAUAAAGUGUCUGUGUUCAGACAGAAAUGUGCUGUCGAUGAUCAUUCGAUAAAAGACAUCGCUGCUACCACAACUGGUCAGGUGUCAAAUGAAAAAUGGUUCCUUGUGAGAAAAUUUCGUUUGACUGCUAGCAACUUUGGUGCUAUUAUUGCAGCGUGCCAAAGAAACAGAUUCCCAGUGAGUUUGUUCAAGACGCUCUUAGGCGAGUACAAUUUGGAUGGUAUCAAAGCAAUCCAGUGGGGCAGAACGCAUGAAAAAGAUGCUCUAGACCAUUUGAAGUCUAAUUAUAACUUGAAUAUUCGACCAACCGGAGUAUGGCUCUCAAAUUCAGGACUUCUUGGUGCCAGCCCUGAUGGAUUGAUUGAUGAAGAAGAGGCCAUUGUGGAAGUAAAAUGUCCUUAUUCUCUCAGAAAUAAUCAAUUGUCCGAAAAAUUAAAGAAUUUAAAUAAAUAUAUAAUUUUUUAUGAUGAUGAGGGCAAUUUAAUGUUGAAUACUAAUCACCACAAUUACUAUCACCAAAUUCAAGGUGCUUUACAUAUUUUAAAAAAGGAGAAAUGUUAUUUAUGUAUUUAUACGUUGAAAGAAACAAUUGUAACAGUUAUAGAGUUUGACGAUUCAUGGAAAGAAAAUCUUUCAGUCUUGGAAAAUUUCUAUAUAAAACAAUACCUACCAAAGUUGUUAGAAAAUUAAUUAAUAAAUUGUGAAUUUUUAUUUAAUGUGCUUUUAUUUAAUUCCACAAUGUAAGCAGAUGGAGUACACUGUUUGAAAAAUGUAUAUCAUUUAUUUUAGACUGAA